CUCGGUAUGAUGCAACACCUCUUUUACUGCACGCUGAUAUUGGAUCGUAUUGAAACACAGUAUGGGACGCUUUUCGGGAGGCUCCGUUCACAAGACCGCUUCCAUGCCGAUACGUUUGCGAUGCUUAUUUCUUCUUGCCACAAUUUUCGUGGGAACUUUUCUUUUUGUGACAAUCAGAAAUAUAUCAGAUAUAAUAUAUAUCGACAGUGAAUUUAUUACAACAUCAUGGAACCGUGAUAAAGAUUUCGGCAGUUUCGCUGACAAAGAUUACACAAUAAAAACAAAAGGAUGUGUCAUUCCCUCUUUACAACCGUUUGGUGACGAAGUUAAACAAUUUGCGAAAUAUCCGAAGGAUUUCAAGCCGUGUCCGGGGUCCGAGCUUUCUUUACUUGGGAAUAAUAGAACUCAUAUUUGGGUGAGAAACGAUAAUAAAGAAUAUUACAAUAUUAGAAACGAAACAGUUUUGAAUUGCUGCUAUACAUCUUUUUGUCGUCCCUUAUCAGUUGAUGAUAUAACUUCAUCAAACAUCGAUAAUCGUGUAAAAUAUAGUAAGUGCAAAUAUUUUUCUGAUAUAAUUGAAGCAACCGACGAAUUCGUAAGAGUUAGUUGUACUGCUUAUUAUACUAUAGUAUACCAACAAUACUUUUUAUUUACUUUGAAAAAAGAAGUGGAUGCCAAUGAACCAGCUAAUGUUUCACAAAAUAAAGCAGCUUACAACGUUAUUGUAAUGGGCAUUGACGCAGUAUCACGACUUAAUUUCCACCGAACAAUGCCUGAAACUUUAUCAGUCAUAAACAAAAAAGGAGCUAUAGAAUUGUUAGGUUACAACAAAGUAGGAGAUAAUACAUUUCCCAACUUAAUACCCAUGUUAAUGGGAAUAUCAGAGAAUGAGCUGAAAACAACGUGCAUUCCAAAUAAACAAUCAACGUUUGAUAACUGUCCCUUUAUUUGGGAAUGGUAUAAAGAAGCUGGUUACUACACAGCUUUUGGAGAAGAUAGUUCCAGUCUAGGCACUUUCAAUUAUGAAAAAGCUGGAUUUAUAAAAACACCUACAGAUUAUUAUAUACAUACUUUUAUCAAUGAAGCAGAACAUAACGUUGGUGUAAAUAAAGAUACUAAUUCGUUUUUAUGUAUGAAUGAAAAAUAUUUCUAUACCGUUUUAUUAGAUUAUAUCGAAAACCUUACCCUAACACUAAAAGCAAACAAAUUUUUUGGCUUUUUUUGGGAAGUAACGAUUAGCCAUGAUUACGUCAACUACCCUAUGGUGAUAGAUAAAGACUAUGCCGAUUUUUUCAAAAAAUUAGACUCUAGUAAUUCUUUGGAUGAUACAAUUAUCUUCUUAGUCAGCGACCAUGGAAUAAGGUGGGGGGAGAUAAGAACAACCAAUCAAGGUCGGUUAGAGGAACGAUUGCCAUUCGUGUAUAUUUUAACACCUCCUACAUUUCGAAAGAAAUACAAAAAUGCUUUUGAGAAUCUGAAUGUGAAUAGCCGGCGUCUUACUACGCCAUACGAUUUACAUGCCACGUUGUAUGACCUUUUAAACUUGGAAACAAUCGAAGAUACAAUGAUUGAGCUCAGGAGUAACCAACCAAAUGUUAAAAGCAAGGGUAUUAGUUUAUUUUUACCUAUAUUAGCAAAUCGAACAUGUGCCGCGGCGCAUAUUGAUGAUCACUGGUGUAGUUGCCACAAAGGUCAUCAUUUGCCAACUAAUAGUGAAAAAUCUUUGGAUAUUGCUGAAAAAUUAGUUCAACAAAUAAAUAAGCUAUUAAAGAGUUAUAGUCAGUGUGCACUUUUAAAAUUAGCGAAAUUGUUGGAAAUAACAGAACUGGAAAUUAGUUCACCUGAAAAAGAUGAAAUUGAGUGGCGGGAAUAUAUGGUAGUAAUAAAAACAACGCCAGGCGAUGGUUUAUUUGAAGGUACCAUUCGCCAUGACGGUCACAAUAAUUGGUCAGUUAUAGGCACUGUCAGUCGCUUUAAUCUAUAUGGCAACCAAAGUCGAUGUAUACAUGAUUAUUUACUUAAGCUUUACUGCUACUGUAUAUAAACGAGCCUAGAACUACAACCUUGCUUAAGUAAAGUACUUAACUUCCUAAUGAGACUGUGAUAUUGUACAUAAUUCAUACCUAAGAAUUCAUAUAUUACAAGUACAACGUUUUCUAUCAUGUUUCAUAAUAUU